UUAACAGAGCAAAUGCACAGCUGGGAGAGGGGGAGGACCAUUAGGAGACAGAAAGAACGCUGUAACUGCCUCCUUUGCAGGGGGGUUCAUUUGCAACCAGGAAUUUGGGAAAGGCUCAUUGCAGUAGCCUAAAUCGUUAAUUCUCAUCGUGCUUACUGCAGUGCUCUUUGUGAGGACGGGCCAUGGAAGAAGACAAUCCCUCUUGUCCAUUAGGAGCCGGAUUGGAAGAAACAGAAGAAUCCCCUCUAGCAGCUGAUGUGCAGGAGAGGGAGAAUAGAGGAGAACGGUAUGGGACCCCAGGAGACGGAAUGGAGGCUGAAGUGGAAGAAGAGAACUUAGGCCAUCAAUAUGAACCGAUGAGGCAAGAAGGAAAUGAGACAGGGCAGAGGAGGCAUCAAUCUGUGCCUGGUCUGCUUGGAAUCUUCCUUGAACAAGAACAGAGAGCCGAGGAGUGUCUUGCUGCUGAUUUGAGAAUCCACAAAGGGAAAAAACAAAACCAGUGCUCAAAAUCUGGGGAAAGCAGUGGAAAUGCUGCUGAAUUUCCAGCAGAUAUAACGUGGCACCCGUGUUUGGCCUGUGGGAAGCUUUUCAGCUGCAUUACUGGUCUGAGAUUGCACCAAAUCGUUCACGCACAGGCAGGCUAUCAAUGUGAAGAAUGUGGAGUAAACUUCAAUUGCCAAUCCAGCCUGACAGCCCACAGAAAAGGUCACACAGGAGGGAAACCCUAUAGAUGCCUGGUCUGUGGAAAAACCUUUAUGCUAUCAUCAAACCAGACUGUGCAUCAAAGAACUUGUGGGGAAGAAAAAACCCCUGUAAAGGUUUAGCUUUUGGUACCGAGAUAGGACUUCAAACACAUAGAGUGGAUAGAUCAUAUGGCUGUCCGCACUGUGGUGAGAGUUUUAAGAAUGAAUCGAGCGUUCAUGAACAUGAGAAUACACAUAGGAGGGAACAUCAUAAUGGCACGGAAUAUGGUAAGAGCUGCAGCCUCUGCAGACAUUCAGGGAUGCAGACAGGGACCACAUUCAUGUUUGAACAUAUUGGUGAUCAGUUGUGAGUGGUUUUCUUUAAGCCUAGGAAGGUGAUUGCAUGAAGAAUAUCUGUUUUAGUGACAGCUUGAUGUGGAACCUGCCUUUGGGAGAGGCUAGAUAAAUGGAUUUUUCCCCCUCUGUAAGAUGAAGGGCAAUAAACCUUAUUUUGGACAUUGAGGAGUUAUCACAAACAUCUGAAUACUCAGAUCACAGUCAGGGCUUUUCUGAUAAUCGGACUGAAUUGUUCAAUUUGGACAUUAUUUCUGUGAUUAGGACAGGAGUAGCCAAUGCAAUGCUCUCCAGAAGAUGUUGGACUAUACCUCCCAUCUUCCUUAACAAUUGGACAUGCUAGCUAUGGCUGAUGGGAGUUGCAGUUCUCCAACUUCUGGAAAGUAGUACAAUGGCUAUCGUAGAUCAGGAUCUCUCAUCUUCUGAAUUCAGUAUUCAGUAUAAACUGGCACAUUAGCUGUUAAGCUGCUUUUUAGAUUACUUAUGUAACAGUUACUGUUUUUACCAAUAAAGUUGUGUGUAUGCUUUUA